AUGCUUGCUAAUGACACAUGUAGUGAGUCAAGUGUAGAAAACACAGAUUUUCGGUAUUUCAUCUAUGCAGUGACAUAUUCCAUCAUUCUUGUACCAGGUCUCAUAGGAAACAUAUUGGCCUUGUGGGUAUUUUAUGGCUAUAUGAAAGAAACCAAACGGGCUGUGAUAUUCAUGAUAAAUUUAGCCAUUGCCGACUUACUACAAAUUCUAUCCUUGCCACUGAGGGUCUUUUAUUACUUGAAUCAUGACUGGCCAUUUGGGACUGGACUAUGUAUGUUCUGUUUCUACCUGAAGUACGUUAACAUGUAUGCAAGCAUCUAUUUCUUGGUCUGCAUCAGUGUGAGGCGAUUUUGUUUUCUCAUGUACCCCUUUCGCUUCAAUGACUACAAACAGAAAUAUGACCUUUACAUCAGCAUUGCUGGCUGGCUGAUUAUCUGCCUUGUCUGUCUGCUCUUCCCUCUUCUCAGAACUAGUUUUGACACCCCACGCAACAGAACCAAAUGCUUUGUGGAUCUUCCUACCAAGAAUGUCAAUCUGGCUCAGUCUGUUUCCAUGAUGGCUGUAGGAGAGUUGAUUGGGUUUAUUACUCCUCUUCUGAUUGUUCUGUAUUGCACCUGGAAGACAGUUUCAUCACUGCAAAAUCAAUAUCCUGUGGCCCAAGACCUUGGAGAGAAAAAGAAAGCCCUGAAGAUGAUUCUAACCUGUGCAGGGGUAUUUCUAAUUUGCUUUGGACCUUAUCAUUUCAGUUUUCCUUUAGAUUUCUUGGUCAAGUCCAACAAAAUUGAAAGUUGCCUAGCCAGAAGAGUAAUUCUGAUGUUUCAUUCUGUGGCUCUGUGUCUUGCUAGUCUGAACUCCUGCCUUGACCCAGUCAUAUACUACUUUACUACUAAUGAGUUCAGAAGACGGAUUUCAAGACAGGAUUUGCAUGAUAGCAUCCAACUCCAUGCCAAGUUCUUAGUGAACAACCAUACAAAUUCAACAGAAUUAUGCUAA